UCAUCAGUGUCGCGACGCAGGGCGAAACACAGCCUCCUAUAUUCUCUCAGAUCGAUCGUGUCUGACUGGCAAGUAAACUCGCCGAAAAGUCUGGAGAGCUAGAGUCUGCUAUGUCAACGAGCAGCACGUGCAACGCUGAUCGCUAUGCCAGGCUAUCGGGAUUCCAUAUUCGAUUAUAUUCAUAAGGCGAGUAUGUGCAGAAAGAAAAUUCAAAGUGAUAGACAAUUUGGCAACGUGGAUUACACACAACUUACGGAAACCGAUAAUGGUUUCUUUGAUUCACAAUUUGUAAGUCCACCAGUGAAGAUACCAUGGAAGGCUAUUACAUUAGCGGCUCUCCUAUUUGUGGGAGGUACCGUUAUGCUCAUUAUGGGAAGUUUGAUUGUGAGUGGACGCAUUGAUUCAAAAUAUUCGGAUCGCAUGUGGCCAGUGAUAAUUUUAGGGGCCUUGAUGUUUAUACCAGGAGCUUAUCAUAUGAGGGUAGCUAUAUUAGCAUAUCAGAAAGUACCUGGCUAUUCUUUUGAUGAUAUACCAGAGUUUGAUUGAAUGAUUAUGUAUAUAUAUGCACAUAGUACUUAUUUAUUAAUUUUAAUU